UCCAGAGCAGAGCAACGGGAUCUGUUGGUCCAGUUUAUAUACUGUCUAUACUCAUGAACCUUCUUCCCCCUCCAUGACUUCCCCAGCCCCGCCAACGCUAAUUUAAUCAUUUUAAGCCUACUAUCAUUGAACCAUUAAUAUUACGUAGGCUAGUAUUUUAUCAGCUUUUGUAAUUAAAAUACAACAUUGUUCUUUUAAUAGCUUAAUUGUUGUCUAUUUUACCUAACGUUAGGCCUACUGUAGGCUAUUUGUUAAACUUUUUUUUUUUUUUAUCCUUAAACAUUUAAAUCGUGUAGCCUGGCCUAGUCUUGGGAGCAAUCCUUGUCUCUCUUGUGGCAGUGCCAACUGUAUUGAAUCUGUGGGGUUAAGCUGGUUGUUUCACUUUAAUGUGAAGUUAAAGGGAACCACAUUAUAGGUACUUGGGCAGUUAAUAAGGGGCAUGGAAGGUUGCUGCUCGUCCACCUGAUGCUACAGGAGCUGGAAACACGAUCCUCACUGCAACGGGGCUGCGUCCUGCAUCCAGACAUUACGGUAGGAGGGUCCUCCUCAGGUGAAGGUACAGGGGAUGAAAUGGGACGCGUCAGGAGCCACCACGAGAGGAAAGGGCAUGUAGCCUACCCUAUAGGCUGAAUUAUUUCAUGAGCCAACGGGCACAGGUAUGGAUGUGAGAGAUCGAAAGGAAUGUUAAGGACAUCUAUGGAGCUGUGCGGUCCCAACAUGAGUGAGACUGGAGGCUCUCUCUGCCAGAUGAAGCCGCUUCCCUGCCACAGUGUCCCCCUUUGUCGCCUGCAGGCCAGCGGGCACCACAUGCGCAACUUCCCUCACCAGCCAUGGCUCAACCACCCGGCCCCGGCCGUGACCUCCAGCCCGGCCGUGGCCACCCGCCACAGGGUAAGUGGAGCCGUGACAGCCAGCUGCAGCAACCCAGAGUGUGUGGUCUCCAGACUGGGAGAGGAGGCCGCACUGGCACCACGCGUCUCCACAGGGAAGGUCAUGGUGACAGGAGGAGGGGGAUACUUCGGGUUCAGGCUAGCGAGAGAACUGGCCAGUCAGGGGAUGUCAGUGAUCCUUGUGGACAUUAACAAGCCUCCCUGUGAUAUCCCUGAUGGAGCGAUCUUCUAUCAGAGUGACAUCCGGGACUAUUCUUCCCUCUAUAAGGUGUGUGAAGGGGUCGACUGUAUAUUCCACACAGCGUCUUACGGCAUGUCUGGACCAGAACAGCUGAAGAAAGAGCAGGUGGAGUCAGUCAAUGUUGAAGGGACCAAUAAUGUCAUAAACGUGUGUAAGGAGAGGAGCAUCCCCAGGCUUGUGUACACCAGUACCAUCAAUGUGGUGUUUGCUGGGAAACCAAUUGAGGAGGGUGAUGAGGUCUCAGUGCCGUAUGUGCCCCCCGACGUACACAUCGACCACUACUCCAGAACCAAAGCGAUUGCAGAGCAGAUGGUCCUCUCUGCCAACGGGUCCUCCCUGAAAGGUGGAGGCCUCGGGCUUCGGACCUGCGUUCUGCGGCCCUGUGGCAUCUACGGACCAGAGGAGAGGAGACACCUCCACAGAGUGAUGGUGAAUGUGGAGCGCCGGCUGUUCAGUUUUAGGUUUGGUGACCCCCGGGCCAGGAUGAACUGGGUACAUGUAAAUAACCUGGUUCUGGCCCACACGCUGGCAGCUGAGGCUCUCACACUGCAGAGGAGCUGUGUUGCUAGUGGACAGGCCUAUUUCAUUAAUGAUGGAGUUUCAGUCAAUCUGUUUGAGUGGUUAACACCUUUGUUUGAAAAGCUGGGCUACAGCCGACCGUUGAUAAACCUGCCUGUUUCACUGGUCUAUUUAGCAGCUAUCCUGGUUGAAUAUUUGCAUGUAGUUCUGAGACCUGUGAUGGAAGUGCCUCUCCUCUUUACCAGAAGUGAGGUGAGGAGCAUAGCUGUGAGCCACACCUUCAAGAUUGACAAGGCCCGUCAAGAGCUGGGUUACUGUCCAAAGCCCUACAGCCUAACGGACUCUGUGGAGCAGUACCUGAAGUCCAGACAGCCUCGCUCCAGCUUGGCUCUUUUCAGCCUCUCCUGGACUUCCCAGCAGCCUCAACACCUCCUCCUGCUGCUGCUGAUGGGCCUCAGCCUGUUGCUACUGAUGCUAUCCUGCAUAUUCUGUCAGAACUAAACUAUACUCACUGGAAAAGUACUGGAUGGACAGCUGCUCAAUAAGCUGUUUCAAAUUUGUUUGGAAUUUAAAUGGUUGAUGGUGUAUUCUCACCACAUGUUUCUUAUUAAUGAAUCCCAACAGAUGCAAUAAAAUAUGCCCUAAAAUAAGUCUUCAAAAUGUCAGGUUAUAUAAUAAUUUGUUCCACCUUCUUGAUGUUGGUAUAUAUCUGUCUGAUUUCCAAAUGAUGAAAACUGAGUUGUGUGAAUGUUAUUGAUUUAUCUACAGUUU